AAUUUCAUUACUGGUUAUUCAUGAGCUGGGGGAUAAACAUCCACUGCAACUCUACAGGAUGAGACAGAACAUUACAUUGUGACAAACAAAAAACCAGCGCAAGCAACUAUUACAAAGGUCAAGCAAUUUGAAGGCUCUACAUCAUUUGUUAGGAGAACGCAGUGGAUGCUUGAGCAGCUUCGCCAGGUCAACGGUAUUGAUCCUAAUCAGGAUUCCCCAGAAUUUGAUUUACAAUUUGAAAAUGCUUUUGACCAAUGGGUAGCAAGCACAGCUUCAGAAAAAUGCACAUUCUUUCAGGUUCUUCAUCACACAUGUCAGCGAUAUCUUACAGACAAGAAGCCAGAAUUUAUCAACUGCCAAUCUAAAAUUAUUGGAGGAAACAGUAUACUCCAUUCAGCUGCGGACAGUGUGACAAGUGCAGUACAGAAGGCAAGUCAGGCUUUGAAUGAGCGUGGUGAAAGACUAGGUCGAGCAGAAGAAAAGACGGAGGAACUGAAAAACAGUGCUCAGCAGUUUGCAGAAACUGCACACAAGCUUGCAAUGAAGCACAAAUGCUGAGAUACUGCCCGAAGUUGAAAUAUUCUCGAAAGAAACUGAAAAGCCUAGGUUCAGCAGUUUUUGCAGGAGAUGAAGACUUGUGUGUGUUUUUUUUCCUUCCAGUUCAGUGGAGAUGCAUUCUUUCAGUUUCCAUGCAGGAAAAGAUGUUGCUUUUCUACCUUUUUGACUUACAUUUUGUUUCUCUUUUGUAAUACUGCGACACAAUCUUGCAGUACUUUGUACCUCUAUUUCUGUUUAUUACAGGAGCUAAAGCGAACAGGGGAGCUGGACCAAAUGACAAAGUUGAUCUGGAUUAAAACAGUAAUAUUCUUCCCCAGUACUCCUUCCUGGUACUGCAUAGAAGAAUAUUUUAACUAAGUGCAGACAUGCAUGCAGAAAUAAAAUCCAAAGAAGGGGUACACAUUUCUUGAAUUUAUGAAGCAUCAGCAGAAUAUGAAUGUUGGAAUUAAACACAUGAGGAUUUAACUGUGGUGGAGGAUAUUGCCUUGGGAAACAGAAAACUUGUUUAGCCUACCCAGUUUUGCAUGUGCCAACACCAGCAUUCCGAAGGUCGUAUCUGAAUUUCAUAGGGGAAUCUGUUUCCAGUGCUGCAUUUUGAAUAUUUCUAUUUUAACUUCCAGAUGGAUUGUUUGAAGAGAAAAAUGAAAGAAACAUACAGUGAAUGUAUGUGUGAUGUUUCAAAAUUGAGGAAAAAAGAGAAUGAUAAAUCUAUACAUAUAGCUGUGCCUCAAAAAUAAUCUAGUGUCUAGCAAUCUGGUGUAAAAUCAUCUCAUAUUAUUUUUUACCUGUGCUUCUCUAGUUAAAGAGGGAUGUAAAAGAGAACGCACUGUUUUCCAUGUCAUUGGUUAUUCAUGAAUGUUACAGUAAAAAUUUUAGGGAAUACUUUUCAGAAAAUUGAUAAGAAUUAUCUUCUUUUUAGUUGAUCAUCUGAUUUUUAAAAUAGAUGCUUUUAAAAAGUGUGUAUUGGUAUAGUAAAAUCAUACCUUUAGUUUGAGCAUCAGUUUUCAGUGUAUAUUACCACCGGAAGUGUGACUCCCUACUUCAUUCUGUAUUCACUGUAUGCAAUAUUCGUAUUAUAUUCUUUUACAAAGAUAAACAGGUUACUCUUUUUUUUCCUUAAAGCUGUUUUUUAAUAUUUUUAUAACAUUCAAACAUGCUUCUCAAAUUAAGAAACAGAAAUCUUGGCAGAAAUUUCAGUCUUCAUCUUCUGGAGAUGCAUGCACUUUAAAAGCAAUGCACCUCAGAAACUUUUGUCCUCAUCUUACUGGAGAGCCAGAGAGCUGGCAUUAAAUGAAUGCACUUUGGUUUUCAUUUUCAAUGUAGAAUAAGAUAUUUCCAUUGUUAAUGACACUUUAAACAAUCUAAAGUCCUCCAAGCAGUGCUUGACAAAAGAUAAAAUCUUCUGUCAAAAUUAAGAAUACUUUAAUUACCACAAGCUGAUGUAACUGAAGUUCUGUCUUGGAAAUACUCAUGUUAUAAAAAGAUAUUUGUCUUUAGGAAAACUUUAAGACAUGACAUUCUUAUAGCUACAUUCAAAAUGUACAUCUAUUUUUUAAAUAAUUUAAGCUGUUUUCUAUGAUGCUUGUUAUUUAACUGUACACUGAAAACUGACAGAAGGCAUAUAGUUGUCAUCUAUGUAGUACCAUACAAUCAUUUAUACAGAUUUAGCAUCAUUAAAUUGAUAAGAAUUGUCCAAAUUGAGAUAUAAAUAGAUUUUCAGAUUUUACAUGAAUUUCUGCUGAAAAGGUCAAGGUCACAGUUGCACUGCUAAGUUCCAGAUCUUUUGUGAGUUCAACUGCUCUAAAACACUGCUUUAAUCCCAAUGACAGUUCUUCAGGAUUUUUUUGUAUAUUCUCCAGUUAAUAGUAUUGUGUUAUGUAUCAUAACUCAGGACUUUUAUCCAGCCAUAAAAAGCCAUUUACUAUCAAAAUUCUAAGUAACAUAGUGUUACCAAAUGAAGGAAAAAGGGUUAUUUAUGUAUUCACCUUCUUCUUGCUGUUCGUUUAACUACUAGAUUUGGUAGUUUGUAGAAAAAGAAAACAAAAAAAAAAAAAGAAGGUGU